AACAGAGAAAGAAACAGGCGAACGAAAAUACAUAUCCCCUUCAUCUCAUUCCCAGGAACAUGUCGUCACCCCUAGCAGCUUUCUUCUUUCUAGCACCAAUAUUUACUCUGGUCUUGCAAUCGACGUUGGCCAGAUCAGAUCCCCUCUAUCAUUUCUGUCCCAGCCCUUCAAACUACACCGCCACAAGCAUAUUCAGCCACAACCUUGACGUUGUUCUCCAAAAGCUUGCCGCAAGAACACCAAUCCAUGGGUUCAGCACCGCCACCGCCGGAAAAGGUCCCGAGAAAAUUUACGGCCUCGCUCUCUGUCGGGGCGACGUCGCCGGUGAUGAUUGCAAGGCCUGCAUGCACAACGGCAUCGCUGAAAUCCGGCAGCUGUGUCCUUACCAGAAACAGGGGAUACUGUGGUACGACAACUGCAUGUUGCGGUACUCAGACGUAGACUUCUUUGGUUACAUGGACACGCAGACCAAGUUUUACAUGUGGAACACCCAGGACGUGAGUCAGCCUGAGCUGUUCAACGAUCAACUGGGGAAGCUAAUGGGCAAACUGUCAAAGGAAGCCGCCGAGCGGCCGUCGUUCUUCGCCACCAGCGACGUCAAAUUUGGCGAUGCCUUGAAGAUCUAUGGCUUGGCGCAAUGCACUAGAGAUCUAUCUGGUAAAGCCUGCAAGUACUGCAUCGAUGAUGCGAUUGCUGAUAUCCCUACGUGCUGUGGUGGAAAACGGGGAGGAAGAGUCGUUACUGGCAGUUGUAGCAUUAGGUAUGAGAUAUAUCCUUUCUUCAAGGAAUAGAUUAUGUGACAGGUGAAAUUCUGCUGGAUCUGUGUUAAUGAAGAUACUAAAUAAACUUGUGGAGCAAGCUUCAGUGCUUCUAAGUACUGAAACCACUGUGAUAUAUCAAGCAGUUGAUGAUGGUGUGUAGAAAAAGUGUAACUUGUGCACGUCUCUAAUAAAAGGAUCCAUUAUAUAUAUACAUAUAUAUAUAUCCCGGUUGUGAUCCCUAUGUUUACUGCCAAGAAAAAUUUGGCUUUUUGAGUGUAUGGCUUUUUAAGUGUAGGCCUGAUACGUGCAGGCUUUAUUUAUC